CAGGAGUGAUCAGCGAGUUUUAUUAAAAGCCCCGAUUGCCUGAAAGGCCUCCUUGUCUGAGUUGGAAAUGAAAGGGGCAUGUUAAGAUCUCGGGGCACGUUGUCGGGACCUCUUGCCCUGUCCCUUGGACUAUGAGCUGACACUCCUGCAGGAAGCACAAAAGCCCCCUUUUGUUUAAGAGAUUUCGCCAGUGGACGGACACGCUAGCUCCCUGUCAGCAUGGACUCUCUGGGCUGCGGUGGGCUGAAUGCCCUGCUGCUGCUGCUGCUGCUCCUGCUGGGCUGGGCCAGCCCCACCUUCAUCAGCAUCAACCGCGGGCUGAGAGUGAUGAAGGGCCACUCCGCCUUCCUUUCCCGAGAGGACCUGGAGUUUGCCGUCCCCAAAGAGAAAGAUGCUUGCAAGGUGGAAGUUGUGAUAAAUGAGCCAAUCACCCAAAGGGUUGGGAGACUCACCCCACAGGUAUUUGACUGCCAUUUCCUUCCCAAUGAAGUAAAAUAUAUUCACAACGGUUGUCCAAUUCUUGAUGAAGACACAGUGAAGCUUAGACUUUACAGAUUUACUGAAACAGACACCUUCACGGAAACCUUUAUUCUGUGGGUCUAUCUCCUGGAACCAGACUGCAACAUCAUCCGUAUGAGUAACAAUGUGCUGGAGGUGUCUGAAUUCUAUGGCCUGUCCCGAGCAAUUGAUAAGAACACGCUGAGAUUUGAUUAUGAUGGCACGGCGAGCCUGGAGUGCACGGUCAGGCUGGACCCUGUGGGGACCUGGCUGCCCACCCACGGCCAGGUGGUCCAGGUGGUCCAGGUGGAGCCUCAGCCAGAAGAACCUCGGGGAGAUCAGCCACACAGUUUAUUCCCUGAGUCCCAACUGGGAACAGAAUUGAGGUGUCCAGGUGGAAACUGUAUCCUAGAACUGAAGAAAAUAGGCAGUCUCAAAGUGAGCUGUGAGGAGUUCCUGCGGAUGGGGCUCCGAUAUCAACAUCUGGAUCCUCCUUCACCCAACAUUGAUUACAUCUCCAUCCGACUGGAUCUCACAGAUAGCAGGAGUAAAGUCAUAUACAAGUCAGAGAGUGCGUGGUUGCCAGUUCACAUCAGAGCUGGCAUUCCUAACCAAAUUCCUAGGGCUGCGUUCAUGUCCAUGUUUAUUCUGGAAGUGGAUCAGUUCAUCCUAACCUCUUUGACUACAUCAGUUCUGGACUGUGACGAUGAUGAGACUCCCAAAUCCUUGCUGGUGUUCAACAUUACUAACCCCCCACGCCAGGGCUAUGUGACUCAUCUGUUGGAUCACACCAGACCCAUCUCUUCAUUCUCCUGGAAAGAUCUAAGUGACAUGCAGAUUGCCUACCAGCCACCAAAUGGCAGCCAUUCCGAGAGGAGAAAUUAUGAGAUGGAGUUGGAGGUAUCUGACUUCUUCUUUGAAAAGAGUGCACCUAUUACAGUACACAUCUCCAUCAGAGCAGCAGAUACAAAUGCCCCACGAGUAUCCUGGAACACAGGUCUGAAUCUCCUGGAGGGGCAGUCUCGGGCCAUCACUUGGGAACAGUUUCAGAUUGUAGACAAUGAUGACAUUGGGGCAGUCCAUCUAGUCACAGUUGAUGGCCUGCAGCAUGGACGGCUUACAGUAAGAGGGGGGAAAGGAUUUCUCUUUACUGUUGCUGACCUUCAGGCUGGAGCUGUUCGCUAUCAUCACGAUGACAGUGACUCCACCAAAGACUUUGUGGUCUUCCGGAUAUUUGAUGGCCAGCACAGCAUCCGCCACAAGUUUCCCAUUAACAUCUUGCCCAAAGAUGAUAGUCCCCCAUUCCUCAUAACCAAUGUUGUGAUUGAACUGGAGGAGGGGCAGACCAUAUUAAUCCAGGGUUCCAUGCUGAGAGCUUCAGACAUGGACUCUAGUGAUGACUACGUCUUCUUUAAUAUCACAAAACCACCUCAGGCUGGAGAAAUCAUGAAGCAGCCAGGGCCAGGACUGAUAGGCUAUCCUGUCCCUGGGUUUCUUCAGAGGGAUCUGUUUAAUGGGAUCAUUUACUAUCAUCAUUUUGGUGGAGAAAUCUUUGAAGAUUCUUUUGAAUUUGUCCUGUGGGACAGCCACGAACCUCCAAAUCUCUCAGUGCCUCAGGUUGUGAUAUUCCAUAUCACACCAGUAGAUGACCAGCUUCCAAAAGAGGCUCUUGGAGUUUCUCGGCAUUUGAUUGUCAAGGAGACUGAGGUGGCCUAUAUAACUAAGAAACAUCUACAUUUUAUAGACACAGAAUCAUAUGACAGGGAGCUGCUCUACACAGUAACAGAUCCUCCAUUUUUCUCCUCCAGCCCCAGACACUUGGAUGCUGGGAAAGUAUUCAUGGUGGACAGCAUACCAAAGCUAACCAAAAAUCCUGCAGCUGUGGGGCUGAGGUCAUUUACUCAGCAUGCUGUGAACUAUAGGAAAGUGGCCUAUAUGCCACCCAUGGAAGAUAUAGGUCCCCACCUCUGUCAUGUCCAGUUUACAUUUUCCGUCAGUAACCAACAUGGUGGCACUUUGCACGGGAUCUGCUUUAACAUUACAAUUCUUCCAGUGGACAAUCAAGUUCCUGAGGUAUGUACACUGUCUGUUAUGGAGGAAGAAAAGGAGUCAGGACCCAAGGAAAGUGAAAAAAGAUUUCCUGGAAAUGGCAACUUGUCUUUAGGUUCUUUUUAAGAGUUUUUUUUCCCAGUUACAGUGUAGAUUUAAAAAAACAAAA